UGGAAGGAGCAUGGAGCCGGCAGGCACAGGCGGAGCGGAGGAGCCAAGGGAGGAGAAGAGAGGACGGUCCGAGGAUAGACCUGGGGCAGUGAGGUCAAGGCCUGCUGCUGCUGCAGCGCGUGAGACGCCACGGCUGCAAGGGGAAGAGCAGGUGGUGCUGCUGACGAAGGGCGAGGCGGGAGAGAAGCAGCGGGGCAGGGUGGAGGGGAGGAGGAAUAAGCAGCAGAUAGAAAGGGAGGAAGAGAAGGAAGAGAAGGGAGUGAAGGGAGAGAAGGGAGAGAAGGGAGAGAAGGGAGAGAAGGGAGAGAAGGGACAGAAGGGAGAGAAGGGAGAGAAGGGAGAGAAGGGAGAGAAGGGAGAGAAGGGAGAGAAGGGAGAGAAGGGAGAGAAGAGAGAGAAGGGAGAGAAGGCGAAGCAGAGGAGGUCAAGAGAGAGCAACCAGGGAGCGCCACCCCCUACCGACGACCCUCAGGAGCUGCUGCAGCUGGCCAUGUCACACAUGGGCUCCAGCCAGAUCCCUGCCGCUCUGGACGCGUUCAGCCGGGCUGUGGCUCUGAUACCAAACGAUGCGGAGGCAUGGCGGCUGCACGGGUGGGGGCACAAGGAGGCCGGGAAUAGACGCGAGGCAGAGGCGUGCUUCAACAGGAGCAUUCAGCUCAAUGAGAGUUUCCUGCCUGCGUUGAUCAACUGGGUGGAGCUGAGGCACAUCGCAGGCGACCACAGGGGCGCGUUGGAGCUGUUGGAGGGGGCGUUGCAGCGCCACCCGUCCAGCGUGCAGCUCAGAUACCUCGAGGCGUCCAGCCACCUUGCUGUUGGGAACUUUGUAUCUGCUAUCACUCUGUGCAACGACAUCCUCACACUCACACCGCUGCAGCACGAGCAGACCUACUUCUUCCUUGCCUUCUACCAUAGGGAGGUGGCAACGCACAUGGCCAUGACCAUCAACGACCCCUUUGCUGACUUCAGCAUCAACCACAAUUUCAACGGCAUCUUCAAGGAGGGGUGGGCGAGCGUGUUCCAUCCAGCAUCCGUGGUGCAGCAGGGCUACGCCUUGCUCGACGACUACCCCUCAAUCGCCUCCUCCCUGCAGCGCCGCCAGCUGAUGCUCGUGCAGCGAGCUCAGGAGGAGGCGGAGGAGGAGGAAAAGGCUCGGAGGAAAGCGAAGAGGGCAGGGAGGAAUAGAGCAGGGGCAGGGGAAGGGGCAGGAGCAGGGGUCUCUUUGGCUGCCAGGCGAAAGGAGCUGCUGAGGCGGCAGUCAUUCGAGAGGGGCUUUGGGGCGACCACGCCCAUGGUGUCCGCGGGCACGCACAACAUCCGAUACGGCAUGAAUGCCCCACGGGCUCUGGCGAUGGUGAAGUCAAUAAUUCUGGAGCAGCGCAAAGUGUACCGCGGGGGGUACGAGGAGAUCGUGCUCUCCGCCCAAGCGCUGCAGCAGGUGGCAGCAGCCACGGAUCACACCCAUCUAUGGCAGGCGGUGCAGCAGCCAUUCUUCGUCUUCACGCCCUGCCAGAGCACUGCAUUCCCCAAGCCGUACGGCGUGGAGUUCCUGAUUGAAACGGUGCUCACGCCCAAUAGGUGGAGCGAAUUCGAUGCAGAAAUGGCAGCUUCCUGGAAGGCCAUCCGCCUGGCAGCAGCAAACACGUCUCUUCGGGAUGCUGACCUCCCCGCCUACCGCAAGGCAGUUCAAGACAGCAUACUGCGCAUGGCGUACUACUGGUACAACUUCAUGCCCUUGGCUCGAGGCACGGCCAUGACAGGCCACGUCAUCACCCUCGGCCUUCUCCUCGCCAUCGACCUCCACGCUGUCAAGCCAAUUCCACCGGGUGUCCAGGUGGACUGGGAGUCCAUCCUGUGCCCCUCGGCCGCCCUCUUCCUCCACUCCGUCUCGUCCUGGCUCUACCCCUCUCUAGCUCACUCCCCCCACCUGAAAGACCUUCUAAGUGUUGAAGAGGCGUUUCCCUCCCUGGGUGACGUCAUUGAGGUGUUGAGUGAGCUGGUGAAGGAGGGAGAGGAGAGGGAGAAGGAGGGUGAAGAGGAGGGGGGGGAAAUUGUAGAUGAAAAAACCGGCAGGACAGAUACAGGCUCAGGCAGUGGGGGGGAGGAGAAGGAUGAAACCCGUGGGAAGAGGAACAGUGGCAAUGCGGCUGGUAGUAGGACAGAUGAUAGGGAGGGGGGUGGUUCUGAGCAGAGAGAAGAGAGUGAGAGCGGGAGAAGGGGAAGGAGAGGGGGACGAAGGGCUCAGAGGGAAAAGGAGAGAAGGGAGAGGGAGGAGAAGUUGAGGGAGGAGGAGAGGUUGAGGGAGGAGGAGGAGAGGGAGGAGAAGAGAGUGAGGGAGGACAGGGAGAGGAAGGAAAGGGAGAGACAAGAAGACGAGAGAGAAGGAAGGGAAAGGGAAGAGAGGCGGAUGGAGGGAAGGGAGGGAGAAAAGGCGAGAGAGGAGAGAGAGCGGGAAGAAAGGAAGCGAGACGAAAGGGAAGGGCAGGAAAAAUCAAAGAAGACAAGGGCGGAUGGGAGGGAGAGAAACGGGGAAGGAGGGGAAGUAGAGAUAAAAAGCAAGGGAGCAGGGGAAGAGAGUAGGCGGUCAAAGGAGAGUGAUAAGCGGAGAGAGGCAGGUGAUGGUGAUGGUGGUGGUGAUGGCGAUGCUGAUGGUGUGGUGGAUGGGUCCAGAGGCGGCAGAAGCUUGGUUGACCAAGAAGCAGGCAACACUGGCGAAGCGGGCGAUUCUGUUAAUAAGGAGAAGGAAGUCAGUCGAGCGAAGAUAGUGAAGGAGAAAGCAGCACAAAGGGACAAGGCAGCACGAGGGGACAAGGCAACUGCAGAGUCCAAGCAACAUUCGGCCACGGGAAAAGCUGGUGGCCAUCCAAAGCGCCGGAGGAAUAGCGACAUGACCCUAGAAGCAGCGAUUGGGAUGGCCCAAGCCGGCAACUACGAGGGUGCAGUGGGCGCAUUCGCAGAGCUGGAGCGGCAGGGCGAGGAGGAUUCAGCAGGGCUGCUCGCAUGGAGGGGCGCAGCCAACGUUCUCACAGGCCGCCACGCGGAGGGGAUUCGCGACAUCACCAAGGCCCUCACGCUCAUCCCGCCGGAUUUGCCCAUCUACCACAAUCUUCUGAAUCACCGGGCCGUCGCCUACGUCAAGCAGCAGCGAUUCAAAGAGGCCAUUGCUGACUGGACGACCAUCGUUGAUGCAAGCCCGAGUAACGUUGCUGCCAUUCGCGAGAGAGGCAUGGCUCGUGUGAACCACAAAGCAUUCAAAGAUGCGAUUCCCGACCUCACCACCGCACUGCACCACUCUCCACACGAGCUGCGCCAGACCCUCCGACUCUUCCUGGGAAAGGCGCUCUCCCACAUGGGGCAGUGGUCCGAGGCAGCAGCAGCGCUGCAAGCCGUGGUGAACGCGGAGCCGCAGCGGUUCGAGGCGUGGCGCGUGCUGGGGGACAUACGUAGGGACUCGGGGGAGGUGGGGGAGGCGGAGAGAUGCUAUGAGAAUGCUCUUAAACAGCGGCCCAGUGAUCUGCCCACGCUGCAGUCAUGGGCGAACCUGCUGCGAUCCAUGGGCCAACACAGGGACGUGCUCAGCCUUCUCCUGAAAUACCUCCCCCACCACCCGGCUGACGUGGAGCUGCGCUAUUGGCUGGCCUCUUCCCACCAUGCCCUAGCUGAUAUCCCCAAAGCUGUUGACGCGUACAAUCAUGUGCUGGAGAUGCAGCCUCGUGACCACAGUGCGCGCCAGAGCCACGACAUGGCAUUCUAUCAGAGGGAGGUGGCGAUCUACAUGGCAGCAAGUAUGGAGCAACCCUUCGACCAAUUCAGCAUUGAUGAUCACUUCCCCCCUCUCUUCAAGGAGAGCUGGUCGUACCGCUACCCACCAGCCGCCGUACUGAAGGAAGGCUAUGAACCCACGGCGCUGCCUGCUUCAGAUGGGCGGGCCCAACGCAGCAGCACCUGCAGUGGCAGGGGCGAGGGAGCACGGCCGGGUGCUGCCCAAGUGGAGACUGUGGAUUGGGCGGACAGGCUGGGCAGUUUGAUUCAGUACCACUGCACGGGGUUCCUCUCAAACAAUCGCCAGCAAAGAGCAGCGGGGCUGGCCAUGCUGGCAAUCAUGCAGGCACUCAGGCACAAGUGGUCCCGGCUGCUGGCCUCCUUGUCUCAGCCACGCAGUGCCAGCAGUGAUGCUUAUGUGGCGCUGACAUGGCGCGAUGUGUACUCCAUGGCUGCCAGGUGGCGGCAGGUGGCGGAGCCGUCGGAUAAAGUGAUGUGGUCGGACCGAUACACGGAGACUGGGUUCAACAAGGGCGUUAUCUCAAGUACCCCUAUUUCAUACGGGCAAUCGCUCAACACCAAAUACGGGGCAUACACGGACAGAGCGUUUGGGAUCCUGAAGCAGCUGGUGCUGCAGCGAGGAGUGGUGAAGGCAGAGGAUGGCCGGGUGGAGAUUCCGCUCUCCAAGGCAGUGCUCAGAAAGGCUCGAAAGGCCAGCAGCCACACGCAGCUAUCCCAGGCAGUGGGCCCAUCCUUCUACACCCCUCUUCUCAUCCCCAGCACCGCACAACCCGGGAAGCUACUGGAAGGCACACGGAUAUCUGUGUUUCCCACUCCCGACUCACCUGAGCCCGAGCUGGCCAUCGAGCUCAUGCUGAAGCCGGAGCGGUGGAGGGAGUACGAGACGGAGAUGGACGCAGCCUGGCAGGCCAUCUGCCUGGCAGUGACAAACACGUCCCUUCGGGACUCUGACCUCCCGGCCUACCGCAAGGCAGUUCAAGACAGCAUACUGUGCAUGGCGUACUACUGGUACAACUUCCAGCCCCUGUCUCGAGGCACGUCAGCCACGGGUUACAUUCUAACGAUUUCUCUGCUGCUGUCAGUGGACAUGCAAGUUACCGCAGCCAUCCCUACUGGCAUGCAGGUUGACUGGGAGGCGCUCCUCGCCCCAACACCCGCAGACUUCACAGCUAACAUCUCAGAGUGGCUGUACCCUUCACUGACAUUCACUCCCGAGUUGGGACAGAUUGCAAGCAUCAGCCAUGCGUUCCCAUGCCUUCGUGAGGUUUUCCUUGCUCUCGAAUAGCGCUCAGGAGUCAGGUCCCCUACAAGAGCAUCUCGUCGCGUUGAAAUGGAUUUGGAGUGGAAUGCAGUAACCCCCGACAUCUAACACAAGGCUUGAUUACUAACUCAAGACGAGCUCAUCCCAAUUGUGU